AUGUCAACAGGAGUCUGCUCCUCGGCUGCUGGCGGGAUGCAGAUAGGAGUGAGUGAACAAUAUGACAAGGAAAUAUCAGCACAGCUAAAGUCUUUCUGGGAGCUCGAACACAUGGGUAUCAAGGAACAUAAGCCAGUUAUUUACCGGGACGCAGUCCUUCAGCACUAUAAUGAAACCGUAAACUUUGAGAACGGCCGCUAUACGGCGUUGUUCCCUUGGAAGUCGAUUGUUUACGAGCUUGUCGACAACUACGAGUGCGCAACAAGGCGUCUUAAAGCACAGACAACGCGCCUCUUGAACGGAGAUUCGUUCAUUGGGGAAUACGACGCCUGCAUAAGCCACUACAUAGAAAAGGGCUAUGCAGAGCGAGCCAGCAAGGAUUGCGGCCCGUCGGAAGAUCCGGUGUACUAUAUGCCAUAUCAAGCAGUAGUUGCUCACGAAAGUCAGACGACAAAGCUGAGGGUAGUAUUCGAUGCAUCAUCAAAUGCAAAAAAUUGCCUCUCAGUGAACAAUGUUUUGGAAAGUGGCCCAAACCUAAACUUAGAGCUCAUUCAUCUGCUGAUCAAUUCCCGCACAUACAACUUUGCCAUCGUUGUGGAUAUUGAAAAGGCAUUUCUCCAAAUAUCCCUAUCAGAGGGCGAUCGGAACGCUGUGCGGCUCCUCUGGUACGCUAUGGCGGCAGAAAAAGGUGAAGGACUUCCAGCUGUGGUGACCUAUUGGAUGACUUCCAUGCCGUUCAGUGCCACGUCAAGCCCAUUCCUCUUGGUUGAAACGUUGCAACAUCAUCUUGAUGGCCUGCCAAAACAGUAUGCUGAGGCUGCGGGUAUCCUGCGCCAGCAUCGUUACGUGAACGACCUUGUAACGGGGGUUCACAGCCUUAAAAGUGUAAAGUCUUGUCUCAGGAAUCAAAAGAUAUUGUCUCAAGCAGGGAUGCGGCCACACCAGUGGAGAUCAAACGACCACGAUCUCGUUAACUUCUUAGAGAAUGGCAAUGUGGAAAGAAGGAACGCUGAAGCUGGACACGCUGAAGCUACAAAGGUAUUGGGAGUUGGUUGGAAUGCUCAAACUGACCACUUUGAAUACAACCUAACUUCACUCAUCAACUUCCUCUCCGCAAGAGCCCACAACAAGGGAUUUGUGCUGCAGGUCUCGACAAAAAUUUUCGAGCCUUUUAGAUUUGUUGCUCUUAGAACAUUAUGCGUAAAGGUACUGUUCCAGAUGUUGUGGGAGUUGGGAAUUGGUUGGGGCGAUCCCUUGCCUGAAACAUUGCAGACUGAGUGGGACUGCUGGUGUGAGGAGUUUUCAUGA